AUGAAUCAACUACUCGUUUGCAGUUUCUUGUUGGCGAUCGCUUCGUCGUACGCCUCCGUUGUACCAGCACCUUCCUAUGUCGUUUCGGUUCAAGGAGACGAUGAUGGCGCAAUCAUCUGCGGUGGUGUGCUGAUCGAUGAGAGAUUCGUCCUGACCACAGCACAGUGUUUGGCUUUCUACAACCCUGAGAGAUUGGUGGUUUCUGUGAACGAUGGCGCUCAGAUCAUUAAACUUACAUCUUACACUUUCAAUCCGAGAUUCGAUUUCGUUACCAUGGAAGAUAAUAUUGGCCUUUUGAGAUUGGCAGAACCAGCGAAUGCUAAUGUCAUUGAAGUGGCUGAACAACAACCAAAAACCGGUGCCAGCGGUGUAGCCUAUAGUUGGGGUGCCAAUCACAAGAUCGGCAGUGUCGAUGUUGAACUCGUAAGCACUAGCGAUUGCGCUUCCGGAGAGUAUGGCUGGAGUGAAGAUGAAAUAUAUAAUACUAUGGUAUGUGGUCUGGUGAAAAACAACAAGUCUUGUGUUCCACGUUUCGGCAACCCCGUAGUAUCUAAUAACAAGCUGGUUGGUUUGACUUCAUGGGGUGGUUGUGGCACCAACGGCAAAUCAGCUGUCUUCACCGAUGUACCAUCUCUACGCUCAUGGAUCGAUAGUGCCCUUAAAAAGUUGGAGCAAUAA